GGAGCCCCCGGAGCGGCGCUGCGGGCGCGGGCGGGCCGGUGGCAGAUGUUUGCUGGAGAGCGAGCCGGGCGCUCUCGGCGGCUGCAGCGGGGCGAGCCGGGGCGCGGGGCGGGACGCGCCGGCGCUGCGCGGCGGGAGUUUCCCUUGCCCGGCUCCUCGGCAGCUGCGCCUCGGAAGCGAGCAGGAGGCGAGAGCAGCCCGCUAGCUGCGGCUCCUAGUCGGGACCUGCCGAAUGUAAACCUGCCGUGCCUUCGGGGAACGCGCCGCGCCUGCUCGGCUCCGCAGCUGCCUUAAAGAGCUCUCCAGGAUGGCAACGGGAGAAUCGCUCUGAAACGUUCGUCUUCCGACGGUCUGCUCAAAGGACGCGUUGGCUUGGCUGCCAGAAAGGGAUGUUUUCCUGUGGAACUUGUGGAGGCACCGCGAACAAACCUUUUACAAGAGGAGGAUAAGCUGCCUUUUAGAUCAAGGAUUUUCUCCGUGCCUUGGUCAGGACCAUACAAGCCACUGUGGAUUCUGUCUUUUUAAGCUGCCACACCAUGUUUUAUCUAUAAAGGAGAUGGGACCCUGCAAGCCAGCUAAAUGGAUUACAGUUAAGCAGUCAUGUACAGAAGAUAAUGUACUGCCUUCUGUAACACUUGUUCAUAUGAAGGCUUAUUUGGGAGAUUUCAGAUACAGAUUCUGACCUGGAAAAAUAAAUGAAGCCUUCCACUGAAUAUUUGACAUAUUUGGCUACUGUUGGUUUCUGCUAUACUUUGUUUUUCUGUGACAUUGGGACAUUUCUGUUACUUUCUUACUGAAGCACUUUAUAUUUUGGGGGGUGGAAAACCUCAUAUCCAGGUAAAGUCAAAUUUAAACGGAAGCACUGAUUGUGAAUGACCUCAGUUACUUCAUAUCUUAUGAUGUAUAUUUUCCUAUCUAUGCAUCUUAUGCUAAGGGCAAGUUUACUAUUUCUUCAGAUUACUAGUGUUUUUUAAAUGUUUGCCCUGAAUCUGUGAAAACUGAGGUAUACUUGUGUGAAUACUUUCAACAUGGGGAAGCCACUUAGCAGGCCAGACUGUCUACGUCAGAAUCCUCCAUGUGUUGGCAAAGGGGAAGAAGAUGAAGAUCUAAAUAUUGAAGACUGCUACGUUCCCCAGAGGUCUAUUUAUGACACUGUGAGGCUGAAUGAACAGAUCGAUUCAGGCUCCAAGGGCAGCCUCUCUUCGCGGCAUUUCACAGACCGGACCUUACCCUACAGUCACAGAACACUGGACAUCAGUACUUUGUGCUCCAAUGGUGCCCUUUCUUCUUCCAGUGUUUUUGAGCUCCGAAGCCGUGAAGCUAACAAGUUAGAUGAAAAAAUGAUCUUUGAUGCUCUUAAGCUGAACAGCGAUAUAAUUCGGACAGCUGGGUUACCCAAGGUGAAGUCUCACACUGAAAAGAAGGAGCACAGGCGAUCGUGGAGAAUGCUUGUUCCACCCAGCUUUCCAGAUUACACUAAUAGAAGUGAAAGCUCCUUUAAUGAAACUGCUGAUCUGUCGGAGGCAGCUAGACUAGGCAAAUGCAAAUGGGGUACAAAUUCUCUUACCUCGGAAGAGGAUGAUUCUGGUUUAUGCAGCCCUCCAACAGAAAGGGAAGAUAAACAAGAUACACCAUUAGCAGGGGAGCAAACCCAAGUACGAAGUCUGUCUUCUGCAGAAGAUAUCCAUGUAGUAGGUCAAUUCAGACCAUAUAUCCCAGCAAUUUGCAGAGAGCAGCAAACCCCGCUGCUUGCAAGCUUGAGUGUCCCUGUCAAAGAAAACUGCAGACUGGCUUUGCAUGACAUUUUACCCUCUGGAAAAGUAAAACAAAACAAUGCCCAGACAUGUGAGAGUGAUCAGGAAGAGAUGGAGGGGAAAUGCUCUCACUUACAAGGUUUCAAAGAGCAAAUUCUGUCACAUGAAGAUCCUCUUCAAGAUGAUGAAAGAAGUAUUACCCCUGACAAAAAUGAAGUGGAAAAUGCAUAUGAAGUUCAGGAAAAAACUAAAAUACAAGUCACAACAGUAGAGGAGGAUUAUGUGGAUGAUGUAUCUCUUCAUGUAGAUGUUUAUUACACUAAUGCUGCUGUAAAUACUAGUGACUUGGAUUUUGCAAAAUAUGAAAUUUUAUCUGAUACAGAGGAAUGCAGUCUAGCAUGUACAGGCUCAAAUGAAAUGGCAUUUUCUGUUCAACAGCUUGAAUUAGAUAGUACUGUAAACUGCCCAAAAGUUUUCCCAGAGAGAAAUAAAGGCAAUAUCUGGACUACUGGCAUCCAAGACACCUUGGAUACAGUCUGCAAUGGCCUCUUGUCCAACAAGGUAACUAGGAAAAAAAAAAAUCCAUAGAUUUGUGAAAUAGUUGUGGUAUAACCAUAAAGAUAUUUGUUUCAAACUCUAAGUUUUGCCAUCAUUGCAGAAAUGUAACUUUUAAAAAAACUAUUAGUUAGGCAGAUGCCACUUGGAUAGCACACAUAGGGUGUCCAAAACAGGUGAAAUAGUAAGUAUGGGAAAUGAACUGGGGGCAAAGUCUGAGGGGGUGGUUGUUACUCCAGCUGUUUUGAGCAGGGUUGUUGCUGCCCGGCUGCUGCCUGUUGCUCCCGACCUGGAAUGCCUCCUCCGUGCUCUGUCUCGGUGCUCGGUGGCUGCGCUGAGUGCGGUCGCAGGCAAUGCCAUUCAAGGGCAGCUACGGCCAUGUGUUCGUGAGCAGCCUUACUCAUCAAGGUGUAAGCAACAGUAUCAGAUGGUUGUGGUUUCUAAAGAAGACAGAUUAAAGGCUCACCGCCUCUUCUGAAAGAUGCCUUUUGCAUUUGCGUGCCAGAAAGCAGAUCUGACGUUACGGUAGUAUUUUACAAGCACAGGACCUUGCAGUGCUUUGUGACUGGUGGAUGAGGUAAGAGAGCAAGGGAAGCUUUGUAAUAAGGAAAGGGUGUUUGUCGGGUCUGUAAUUUUUUUCUUCCCACUCUGGUUGAAAUCUGAGAUACUUCAAGCUUUGUUGCUAAGUUGUUCUGGUAAACUUUAGCCUCAGCAAUAAUUGUAAUUUAUUUUAAGCUUCUCUCCACAAAGAAUGUGUGCAUUUUUAAAGGGCAGAUUAUGUAGAUCAGUCCUCUCUGUGGUAGGAUGUUGUUCUCAAACGAUGAGACUAUAGCCCAUAAAAGAAGAAUUUGUUAUUGAUUCAGUGUUGAAAUAUUAUUCUGCCUCCUCCUUACCCUACAGUCAAGAAAAACACAUGCAUUUUCCUUCUUCUAGGAGCAGCCAACUCAUUGCACACUCUCAGUUUUCAUGUAACCACAGUCUUAAGAGGUUUUGGGGAUUUUUUUUUUUGUCUGUAGGAACAAAUCUCGUAGGGAUGCUUAAUUUAUUUUAUCCCUCAUGUUUAGUGUGUUUGCAGUAGCUGCUAGAUUAACUUGUCAAGCUGGUGGAAGUGUGCUCAGCCACCUGAGGUCUGCAGCUUUAAAAGCAAUCACUUGCCACAGUGUGUUUGGUGCAAGAGAGGAGACUUGCUGGUACAUUCAGAGUGAUCUCUGCUUUUCAGGAUGCUGAGAAAGGUUGCUUUGAAUGCACUAAGUGUACACCAGAACUGUUACUGAAUGCUGCUAUAGAAAUUGAAGGAUUUAGGGUCAAAAGUUGAGCAUUCUUUAGCAUUGUUUAUUCAUUGGUUAUUUUUCACUAGCCUGUGUAAUUAAUUCAGGGGCUUCAGGCCAUUUUCUGAUCUCAUUGACACUUGUGUCAGUGCAGCUUAAUGUUGCUGAAUACAAAUGGAGAUUUACAUUGCUGUUGCUAAUGGUAAUAAUCUGGCUCUGGAAAAGCCUAAAUACCUGCAGGAGUAAAAUAAAGCAAACACAAAACUGCUCAAAGUGCUGAUGGGUACUGUAAAGCCUUGGCAAUUAGCAAGAGUAUCCUUUGAAUGAAAGCCCAUUUUCCUGGGUGUCUGCCGGGAUACUGUUUCAACAGCAUCUGUAGUGCCUCCUGACUUGUUACCAUUCUCCUAAACAGAUUUUAAAAUAUCUUCCUUCACUGUUUCUUUGACUUAAAACUUUGGCUUUAGUCCUAAUUUGAAAAAAAUGACCACUUGUCUCUCUUGGUCUGUGCCAUUUUUUGUUAUAUUUUAUACAUAAAUAAUUAAACAGAUGAGUUUGUCCAGUCUUUUCUCCCCCCCUCUAUCAGAAGUUUUAUUUUUUCAACCCCCUAAACUUUCACCGCUUCUCUUUUUCUCUGUCCCUUUCCUUCCUAUCUAAAACUACUAAUGGAAAUGUAUGCCAUUUCCCCUUCUGUGAUGUAUUGAAUUUACUCUGUUUAGAUUGAGCCUAUUCUGUUUGGAUUUAUUAAUGCUUUUUUAGGAAGGUCCUGACAAGGAAUGGCUUCCUUUCUUCUAGACACCAGUUUUAAGCAAUGUUUUUGUUGCAUACUGACAUGUAAACACCAUGUGCAUUUUAUGACAGAAGUUACCAUGUUUCAUGUCUGUCUUGGGUUUCAACUGCAGGUAUUCCAGAAAGAAGAAAUUGAACCCUUACAAGUAAAACAACAGGAA